GAGGCUUCGUCGGUUUUCUUCAUUUUAGAAACAAUAUAUCGUCAUUUUCCGAUCACCGGAAAGAUUUUCUGGUGAUCGGACUCACCGCCAGGCCGUCGGUUCGAUAAGCCAUGAAUUCACCGGAGCGAAUAAUGGAGUCAACCAACAACAACGAAGAUGAGGGGAAGAGGGGUUCUUUUGUGUACCUAUUGCUCCGAUGCUGUUUUGUCUCUAUAUGUUUUUUAGCUUUGGUUGCCUUUACGCUUGUGGCUUUAGCAGUGAUCGUCAGCAACCUCUCGAUUUCGUAUCCAAUCUCUGUCCCUUGCCAGUGCAAAAUAGUAUCCAGCAGUGUAGAUAUUAGGUCAGCCAAAGUCUGCGAACUUGGAUUGCUAAAUUAUAAAGCGAAGCAUGUGUUUUACCCAUCUGAGAAGAAAAAAUUCCGAUGUCGCUACGAUUAUUAUUGGGCUUCUGUAUUUGAGGUAGAAUAUACAGACCAUUCUGGUCAUCCUCAUAUAGCAUUUGCAGAAGCUCCAAAUGAGGCCCUCCCACCUGAUUGCAGACCCACAUUUAAUGCUGCAUGGAUGGCCAAAGAUAGAUUCAAGGUGAAUGAGACUUAUGAUUGCUGGUAUACAUUAGGAAUUUCCAAACUGAACUUAUAUUAUGAUGAGAUUUUUAAUUGCCAAGCUGACCACCCAUCUAUGACGGAGAUGCUUAAGCGCUAUCUUAUCCUGUCAACAGAGAUGAUAAUGUCGUGGUUUUAUCCAAUGGGUGGUCGAGGGCGAAAAAGGUAUAUAAGAAAGGAAACCAUAGCCGGAGCCGUUACUGGUUUCUUGACUUCCUUGCUCACCAUUGCCUUGGGCAGAAUUCUAUAUCUACUCAAAACUCAUAUUGUUGGCAUGUGUUGGGUAAGGAUGCAACCCCUGACUAUCUAUUUAGUCCGUCUAAAACGAGCCUGUUUUCUUGUAGCAUAUUUUUCUUUUGUGAGUUGGUUAGCAAUUCAGUAUUGGGGAAAGCUCGGUCUCCUGGACAUCUUUGGUGCUCAUACAUAGAUGAGAUAAUAUAUGCAGCACUUGGUUUUUGUAGAAGUGCUAGUUCUUCACAAAAGUUGUAGUGUCAAAUAAGAGUACAAUGCCUGAAUCAAGUAUCGGAUGUACAGAAAAUAGAACCAACGCCUCAAGAAGGUUGUUUGAAAGAAAAGCGCGUUUGAGUUCACCCAUCAAGAGACCCUUCUAAUGCAUCACUCUGUAUGUAGGUAUCCUUUUAUAA